AUGCCAGUCACGUACGAUGACCUAUUGAACGUCUUGAACGUGGUAGAUGGUUCUGAGCGUAGCGAGACCCAGCAAAGUGCAGAAAGGCAGUUGAAGGUGUGGGAAACUGAGCCCGGCUACCACUAUCUUCUACAGGAUGUAUAUCUCAAAGUUGAGCUUCCAUUAAGAGUGCGGUGGAUGGCCAUUAUCUGCUUCAAAAAUGGCAUUGAGAAGUACUGGCGGGCAUCUCGAACGAAUGCAAUCAGCAAGGAGGAAAAGGCCCAGAUCAAAAGCAGAUUGUUCUAUCUCAUCGAUGAGAAGAACUCUCAGUUGACCAUUCAGAAUGCUCAUGCCAUUGCCCGAAUCGUGAGGUUUGACUUUCCCAGCGAGUGGCCCACGUUGUUUGACGAUACCAGUAAAUCAUUAGAGGAGUACGUUUUCAUAUCGGGAAAUCUUGUUGCAGCAAAUAAUCUCUUGAUCAUUCUCAACCAGAUGAUCAAGUCAGUGUCUAUGGUCAGGAUCGGCAGGGCCCGCCAUGCUCUCCAAAGUAAGGCUCCAAUAAUUGUGCCUGUAUUAGUGAAGCUGUACUGUAAGUUUUUUCAGAUGUGGACGUCUUCGCUUGACUUAACCAUCAUGGAGGUGUGCUACUUGUGUCUCAAAAAUCUCCGCAGAAUCAUCCCCGAAGGAUUUGAACAACCGCACAAAAACCAGACCAUCAACGACUUUUUGAAAGUUUCAAUCUCCCAUCUUCAAGGAUUAGUCACUGAGCAUGAGAAAUAUCCGUCAGAUUUGCUCGAAAGAUACGUGAAGAGUUAUAGCAAGUUGUAUGUUAACUUGAUCAACCACAAUCCUACUAGUUUCAUUUUGGUACCUUCAUCUCAGGAGAUAGUGUCGUCAUUCAUGGCAUUGCUUGAGACCAAGGCCGAGGCUAUUCAUAAUAGCACUGAAGAGAACGACUUUUGGGAAGUGUUGGCGCUUAAAGGCUUCUUGAUCUUGAAGAAGAUGAUCGCCUAUGUCUACAAGCAAGGAGCUGUGACUCUCAAGCAGAGAAAUGACAAAGAAGAGGUGAAUAACGCUAUUGCCAAGUUGAAGACAGAGUUUUUCACUCCACAAGUUAUUCUCAACUUGUGUGAUUUGAUAAUCACCUGGUAUUUACGAUUGAAACCAGCCGAUUUGGAAAGCUGGCUUCUAGAGCCAGAAGAGUGGACCAACGAAGAGCUCAGCUCAAGCUGGGAAUACCAAGUGAGACCUUGUGCAGAGAACUUUUAUCAAGACCUUAUACGAUAUUUUAAGGACGAUCUUUCCGAAUUCAUCUUGAAGAAAAUCUCAUCUGGAUUGUCGAGCAAUGACUCGGUGACCAAUAUCUUGAUAAAGGAUUCGAUCUUCUGCACUUUCCAACUUUCGGCAGAUUCAAUUGCCGAUAAAGUCAAUUUCGAUCAACUUUUGCAGCAAGUUUUCAUCCCAGAAGGAUUACGCAACGAUAUGAUCGAGAACAAGAUUAUCAAGCGGAGAAUGUGUCUCAUUAUCAGUUCAUGGGUUACUGUGAAUUGCAGCAGAGAGAGUCGUGUUGAUAUUUACAAGCUUCUCAUUAACUUCAUGCAACCUGAUAACAAGAUCAAUGACAAGGUGGUGAAACUCACAGCUGUUCAGACAUUGAGAACUGUCAUCAACGAUUGGGACUUCAACAAGCAAGACUUCCAGCCCUUCCUUAAGGAAUUUGUUGUCCUUUGCAUUGGCAUGUUGAAAGAGAUGGGAUACACUGAGUCAAAGUUGUACAUUUUGGAUUCCUUGAGUGCCCUAGUCGAAAGAUGUAAUCCCUUAAUCGAUCAAGAGAGCUUGAUCAGCAUUUUGCAGGUGGUGCCUCCAUUCUGGGAGAAGGCAACAGUUGAUGGAAGCGAAGAAUCCAUCCUCAAAGCAUCAUUGUUGCGUGUUUUGAAAAACUUGGUGAUUGCCUUGAAUCAAAACUCCCCCGAAACACAUUUCAUAACCAUUCCACUUAUAAAAAGCUGCUGUACUCAGUCAAGCGAGUACUAUUACUUGCUUGCUGAAGAUGGCUACGAGUUGUGGCUCUCUGUUCUCCAGUACUAUCCUUUUGAGAUGGAGCCUAAUUCAGACAUCAUUGAUUUUUUCGGUCUUGUCCAGCCCGCACUUUUAGACUCCACUGAGAUAUUACCCACCAUUUUGGCCAUCGCUAGAAGUUACGCCUUGCUCAUUCCAAAAGUGUUCGAGACAGACUACGGUGUGGAGAACUUCAGAGUGCUCUCCGGGUACUUGAGCAACAUGCGCGAUGAUGCCUUCGAGGUGUUUAUCUCACUAAUGGACAUUUUGUUCCUUCAGGAGUCUAACAGCGAACAAUUCAUCAAUGGAUUGAUCGGAAGUGGGUUGCUCAAUGCCAUGGUCAACUACGUUCUCGACGAUAACCAGAGCAUUGUGCUUGCAAAUAAAAUCUUGCUAGUUCUCUCUAGAGUGGCAUUCAAGUCAAGCGAAGUUUUUCUUCAGAUUUUUGACCAUUUGUCGAUCGAUACUUCCAGAUUGCUUGAAGUCUGGAUGCUUUACUAUAAGAACAACGGAAACCCCCGCAACAAAAAGGUGAAUUUGUUAGCGCUCCUUGCAUUGGCAUUUUAUGGACUGGCCCGCAACUUGCAUGGAUUGCCCGAGAUGUUGUCUGAAGUCCUCAGACGCUCAUUCAUCUUUUUGGAGGAGGUCAAUGAAGAUAACGGUGGUUAUUGCCAGGCAUACAGUGGAGACUACAUCUAUUCUGACAUCGACAACUAUUCCUACUUGGAUCCAGAUAUUGCACCUCAUGGAGAGAAGUUGAGGUACCAAAAACUCGUUGAGGCACAAGAUCCCGUGAACAGAGUCAACUUGAAGGACUUCAUCCGGGCCGAGAUCGUUACCUUGAGACAAGAAUUAGGUGAGACUAACUUUGAGAGGCUCAUGUCUAUGAACGACCAGUACACCAACGAGAAGUUGCAGAGUCUAAUGUAA